AUGAAGAUUCAAUGUGAUGUUUGUUGUAAAGAAGAAGCUUGUUUAUUUUGUCCAGCGGAUGAAGCUGCACUAUGUGAAACAUGUGAUUAUCGAGUUCAUCAUGCCAAUAAACUUGCUGGACAACAUAAUCGAUUCUCUCUUCUUCAUCCUUCUUUCAAUGAUGCUCCUCUUUGUGAUGUCUGUCAGGAUAGAAGAGGGUUUAUGUUUUGUCAAGAAGAUAGAGCGAUCCUAUGCAGAGAAUGUGAUAUUCCAAUUCACAAAGUAAACGAACAUACACAAAAACAUAACCGAUUUCUUCUUACCGGAGUCAAGCUUUCUUCUUUUUCCGAUCCAUGUUCGCCGCCGUUACCGACGACGCCUGCAUCGGCGUCGAUUACGGCGGCAAGUGGAGGUGACGAGAGAUGUAUGAGUCAAGAAGGAUCAAUUUCAACGACAAAUCAGAUAUCAGAAUACUUGAUCGAGACAAUGCAGCCAGAAUGGCAGUUUGAUGAAUUCAUUGAUCCUUCAUGUUUCCCUAACAGCUUCUGUAAGGUUUGCUGAUUCAUUUAUUAUA